CGUUCAUUCUGGAGUACCUGCUUGGACUCCGACCAUACUCUAAUACGAGCACGCAUCUGCUUGCGCCUCACUGGAUGCAGAAAAGCCACACUAAGAAGGCCCAUUAGAACUGAAUUGAGUAACGAGAAAACCAAAAGUAGGUUCCAGGAACAACUGAGGUCACACUUAAAUAGUUCUGAAAACGAGGCUGCUCUCAGUCCAGACGUUUAGGACGAUGCGCGGAACACUUUAGAGAGCAGUGUAGCUGGCCUUCAGCUAUUCUAAAACUGCUUACCAUUCCCAGAAAGCCUGAAUGGAACAUUGAAGUAGGUCCUUCAACUCGAAUUGAAGUGGAGAAAGCUAUAGCUAAUCCGAAACGAGGAAGGGCAGCUGGUUCAGAUGGAUUUGCUCCAGCGGUCUUUAGGUCUGGUGGUACAGUUUUAAUGAUUGGGUUGACUAAUAUUUUAGCUAAAACCUGGGAGUCGGAUAUAAUUCCAUCUGACUGGUGGCAAUCACUGAUCGUCCCAAUAUGUAAGAAAGGGUCAAAAUCAUCCUGUGAUAACCAUAGCGGGAUUAGUUCGACUAGUAUAGAACCUAAAAUACUAGCCUCAAUAAUUGUCGUACGCUUAACAAAGACUCGUAAGCUGCAAACACGAGGAAAUCAGGUUGGUUUCAGACCUGGUUGUGGCUGCAUCGACCACAUAUUCACCAUUCGUCAGGUUCUAGAACACAAGCAUACUUAUCGGCGUCCGACAAUGACAGUUUAUCUUGACUUAAAAGCAGCAUUUGAUUCUGUAGACCGGGAGGUUCUGUGUCAGUGUCUGUUAUUGAAAAGCGUACCUCAGAAGUACAUAAACCUUGUGAAGGCUCUUUACUCGAACACUACCAGUCGGAUCAGAGCUUAUGGAAAGUUGUCAUUUGAUUUUUCAACCUCAAGUGUUGUCCGUCAAGGCUGUCCACUAUCUCAAUUUUUGUUCAACUUCAUCAUAGGUAUAUUGAUGGAAAUAACGUUCCCGUCGACUGAAUUCUUGGGCAUUGAUCUCCCUCCAGGAGGUCCACUUAUCGACUUAGAAUACGCAGCUGAUAUAGUUCUGUUUUUCGAAGACGCUGAUAAAAUGCAGAGGUCUUUUGGUAGCACUGAGCAACAAUGCCAGGGUGUUUUGGACCCGUUUCUCCCCAUAUAAAUGCAAGUUAUCGCUUCAGGACUGACCUGCGUUAACACCUGAACUAAGGAUAGGGCGUGAAGUAGUCGGACGCGUUGACAACUUCACUUAUCUUGGAAGUCUGAUCAGCCCUAAUGCGUUGGUGUCUGACGAAAUCUCAGCACGGAUUCGAAAAGCUCGCUUGGC